AUGAAUUCUGAUACAUAUUUCGUUCGUUCAUAUCUUCCAAAUCCAACAAGAGAAUAUUUACAACGACGUUAUGAACAACAACAUCAGCAGCAGCAGCAACUUUUUUUUUCUUCUCCCAGACGAUAUGCUGCGACAACAAUUGAUCAAACAAUGACAUUGAUUGAAGAAAUAAAAACUCACACACAACCAAAAUCAACAGCAUUUAUUCCCUAUUCACUUAGUAAAACUACUAAACAAUCAUCCAAUAAUUCAACAUUAAUAUCAUUCCCCUCUGAAUUAAAU